AUGGCCAGCAGGAUUGCCGACGCUGACAGUCGGGCGACUGGGGAAGGCUAUAUUGAAACGUCUGCAGAGCAGCUGUCGCUGCUUCGUGUUCAUCUUCGGCCAGCUGGCGAGGCCUUCCCGACGUUGCCUAUUGGGCCAGGCUCCGCUCCCACGAGGCAACCUCGGCUUCGACUGCCGGGUAAGUCGAAUGUCUUGGCUGACGCGUUAUCGCGCAGACCAGACUUCGAGGCAAGACACCAAGAAAGUGUGUCUCGUGCGAAACCACAAGCUGAGUCGUCAACAUUGGCAUCCAUGAAGGCCAACCAUGUGACGAGCUCAUAG